AUGGCACAAGCCUGGAACGUGCUGCUGCAACUAUGGUUUUGUAUGCUCAGUUCUGGAACUUACGGCAUUGCUGCUGAACUUGCCGCGUCCUUCCCGUUCUUCGACGUCACAGGGAUUCCACGAAGGUGUCGGUACAAGAACAUGUCGAUCAUUUCACCAGCGGAGUUUGUAGACAAGUCUCAUGAUGUCUCGCUUGGCUACCCAGUUGCAUAUCGUAGCAUCGUGCGCUUGCUGGCUUUGAGCUUGACCGGAUCACUACGGCCAGAUCGAAGGGAUUUCCCAUACGACCGGCGUUUCUGUGGAAGCGACCAUCCGCUGAAGCACGGUUACACUAUGGUUGGCAUGCUCCGGAUGCAGAACGUGGCUCAAUUGGUGCUGAAAGUGGUUCAGCAUGGUAUCCCAGGUGGCUUUGUUGAGGCCGGUGUUUGGAGGGGUGGCACCUGCAUUUUCGCCAAGGCUCUGUUCAACCUACUAGGAGAAGUUGGACGUGAGGUCCAUCUCUUCGAUGCCUUUGAAGCGAUGGGGACAUACGGAAAGAAAGCAGAGCGGCUGCAUGUCGACUUGGAGUCGGUGAAGAAGAACUUUGAGCUUUUUGGGGUCCAGGAUGCGAGAGUAAAGUACCACCAAGGCUUAUUUAAGGAGACGAUGCGCCGGUUCUGGCAAGACUAUUCCAAGUCUGACCAGAAGAUUGCCAUUUUGCGCAUCGAUGCCAACUUCUACGAUUCGCAUCAGGAUGCUUUGUAUUAUUUGUACAACUUCGUCGCGGUCGGUGGUUAUGUAAUUUUCGACGACCUUUUUAGCUUGCCCGAUGUCGGACGUGUUUGGAGGGAGUUUCGGCUGGACCAGAAUCUUACAGAAAGGAUCAUCCGAAUCGACCGACAUGGCGGCUACUUCAAGAAGACAAGAAUGGUUCCCGUGAACUUCAAGAAGAUGCGAGCUUCGAGAGCUGAGAUGCCGUCCUGGGCACUCUAA